AUGGCUAAGAAGACAAAGAGGGUGAAGGGAGACGAGUUAUCACCAACCCUCCCAAACGAUGUCAUGGUCGAAAUACUAUCAAGACUAUCCGUGGUGUCUAUUGUACGAUUUAAGCGUGUAUCCACGUUUUGGCUCACCAUGUUGGCAGAUUCUCACUUUGUCAAGCUUCACCUCACACGAUCCAAAAACUCUAAACUCGUCCUCACACAUUCGUUUAACGUUGUGGGAUAUCCUCCUCAUCCAAUGUGGAGUCUUUAUGUGUCGUCUUGCGGCGGCAUGGUUGAAGACGGCGAGAGCACUAGGGUUGAUAUUUAUGAUCACGUUGAUGGAAUUGACAUCUUUAAUGACGAUCAUAUUGAUGAUAAUGAUGGUUACGGUUAUCGUUAUUAUGGUUAUGGUUAUUAUGAUGAUGAUGGUGACGGUGAUGAUUAUGAUGAUGAGCAGAAGAAUGGGAUGACUAUAGCCGGAUCUUGUCAUGGCUUGGUGUUAUGUUAUUUUACAUAUUAUCGCACGUUAUACCUGGUGAAUCUGUCAACUAGAGAAAUGUUUAAAUUGCCAGACUCACCAUUUAAAAAUUUUGCUAAUACCACAUCUUUUGGGCUUGGCUAUGAUGCAUCCCGUGAUGACUACAAGGUUGUUCAAGUCUCAUUAUAUGAAAAAAAAAAAUUCAUUAGGAUGAGUUUAUAUUCACUAAAAUCAAAUUGCUGGGGACGGAUUUCAGAUUUUCCUUUUUCAUCUGUGUUUGAUUCAGCAGUGUUUUUGAAUGGCAAAUUCCACUGGUUCGAUGAAGAUGGGAGUAAAAUUGCUUCUCUUAGUUUAGAUGAGGAAAAAUUCGGAGAUGUUCCAUUACCUCCUGGUUUGACUGAAAUUCCUGAAUUGGUCGGAAUUGUCAAAGGAUAUCUUUAUCUCCUAUUACAAUCUAGCUCCGAUGACUUGAUCACCUUUUGGGUGAUGAAGGAAUACGGCAGGAGAGAGUCUUGGACUAAAUACGAGUUUGUCCUCCCAUCCUCUACCAUUUCCUGA